CCUGCCCAGUUCUCAUGGUAGACGAUUUUUCACAAAAUUUUCAACUUCGGAAUUCCAUAUUGCACAGCUAAAGAUAAACACUUUCAACCAUGUGGGUGUCUAGCGUAAGACUGGCUGCUGAUGCUUACCUUGUGUGUCUUCAUCAUGCCCUCACAACGGAGAAGGAAGAAGUGAUGGGACUGCUUGUAGGACAGUUCAGUGAGGGCAACGAAGUUACCUGUGAUAUUUAUUCUGCUGUUACACUGAGAAGAUCAGAUAAAAGGAAGGACCGUGUGGAAAUAUCACCUGAGAUGCUGAUUGAGGCCCAGAACAAAGCCGAGCAAAUGUCAGCUUCCAGUGGACAGGAACUACACAUUGUGGGCUGGUAUCACUCUCACCCACACAUCACAGUUUGGCCCUCUGAUAUAGAUUUACAAACCCAGGCAGGAUACCAACAAAUGGACAGCAGAUUUAUUGGCCUUAUAUUCUCAGUUUACAAUGAAGACAAGAAAACCAAGGUAGGAAGCCAUCAGGUAACCUGCUUCCAAGCAACCAACCAGAGUCCAGAGGGAGAGGCUCCUCAGUACGUGCGAUUACCUGUUCCCUUGGAAAUUCAGCCAACCCCAAAUUUAGCCACUAAUAACCAACAGGCACUGGAGAACUUGUGUGCAACACUCUUUGAUGAGCAGAGUGAAGUGCUAGAGUUGUCAAGACAGCGGUCUCCCCAAUACCCACUUGCUCACUUACACAAUGCAGCUGUGAUGGUUCGCAGUGUUUGUGGCCUUAGUAGCCUUGUAUCAGGUCCUCUUGUGUGCACAAUGGAGGAACGGUUACACCACAUAAGAGGCACUACGCAACACCUCAAACAAGAAGCAGAGUACUUAAAGAACCUCCUUCUGGAAAAUGAAAUCAAAGUUCCUCUUUAAAAUUGGCAAAAAAUUUCUAAGAGAUGUGUAAGAGUAAGGAAAUUUACAGUAAGACACUUUGGGAGUAGGGUUUUCAUUUUAUAACUCUUAAAUGUCUCCUUUUCUAGUCUGUUUUGUAUACCUGAUUUUAUACACUUUUAGGUUUUGCUAGCUGAUUUUAUGCAAAAAAAAUAUUUUGUAGUGAUACAAAUAAUAUGCUUUAUUGUCAGCAGAUUUUGGUUCUUCUAUAUUAAACUUCAAAUGUUUGAUUUAUGAGCUUAUAUUUAUUAUUCAAGUUAUAAACUAAAUGCUUAGUCAAAACAGGUAUGUUUAUAAUUACUAUGAAUAAUGUUUCCAUGAUCAAAAUGUUUCACUUAGAAAACUAGGAGUUACUUAGCAACUUGCAUAUUGGCAAGGGUUAGUCAGAUGUUAUGCAUUUAGCUCACAUACAGAGUCUGUGUGCAGUUGAUUCUGCAAAUCAGUAACAAGAAUGAUUUUCUGACAAAUUUCCUGUUAUUUUUAAUUUACACCUCAGAUCAGUGGGGUGAAAAUUCAUACUACUUCAUUUGUGUCACCCGAUUAUAUGUAAAAUUGUAAGUGAAUUAUGAAAAAAAAAAAUAUGUAACUGAAAAGAGAAGAGUCAUUAGUGGUCAUACCCAUAUCCUGGCAUGCAAUAAAUAUAAUGUGACAAUGUAAAUAAUAUCUUUGGCAUAAUCUAAAAUUAACUAAAAAAUAUAGUUUGUGUCAGGUUGUUAUAAUGUUAUCCAAAAUCACAUUCAUAUUUUUAUUGUUAAUUUCUCAGAACACAAGUGAAUGUAAAACAUUAAUAUGUGAAAUCUCUGAUGAAAUAACUGUUAUCUUAUUUUAUAUAUUUGAUAUAUACAUUGAACUUUACCUCUUGGAUAUAGAAAAAAAAGCUUCACCAGCAUUGUCAUUUUAUUCACAGUUGCUCAAAACAUUAACCCAAAGUCUCCGUGAAAAUGUAGUAUUGUUUUGUAAAAUGGCUCUGCACAUAGUUGACUCUGCAAGUGCUUAACCACAAAGAAGUCAAUUAGUAGACCUUUCGUUGAGUUUGCAAGAAAAAUGUUUUUUAUACUAAUACUAUCAGUAUUGAUGAGAUAAGUAGUACUUUUAACUGGCUCAUUGUGACAUAGUACUUGUGGAGCCAGUUAUGUGUAAAAGGAAUUCAUAAAUUAAAGCUCACAGUGGGUAUGGCAUGUAUGUACAUCCCAAUCCUGGUGGCUUUGGGUUAAGAAAAAAGAUACAGAAAAGAGAAAGUAAAGGUAUAUUAGUUAGAACAGAGGGCCUUCUUGAUGCACAGUACCAUUGAGAAAAUUACUCAUCUUUAGCAUUCAAAAUUUAAUUCAAAGAAGGAUAGGGCUCCCUUGUCAUUUCAUGACCUGCAUUCUGAGCCAGGUACAUGAGACCUGUCAUUAAUCUAGGCACUUUCACAAGGAUUGUCACUUUCUGUAUAUGGACACAUUUACAAUAGUGAAAGUAGAAUAUUAGAAUCACAAUCUUCCAGCAUCAUGAUUAAAUAUAGAAGUAAUAACAAAGUCAUGAUAUAUAUUAUACCAUGACUAAUAGCAUUACAUUUUGUAUAUUUCUCACUUGUGAUAUAGAUUUCUAAGGUAUCUGAUCCCACCAAGUGUAACCAAGAAAAUAAAUUGUGAAUUA